AUGAAUGAGGCAGCUCUCCUUUCGGACCGAUUGGGUCCGAGGAUCGAGCGGGCGGGCCGCAAGUUUUUCCAUUCCGCCCGUGGGGGCGAGGGCGGCAUCAGAAGCUUGGCUGCGCCCCAGGACUUUGGGAGCCUGAGCUUCGAGAAGGGCAAGCCCGAGGCGGUGGUCUGGAGAUGGGUUACGUGGGAGAGCAGCAUGGACAUGCUGCACGAGCGACAUAAUUCGUUGCUGGACAGGCGCAAGCAGCAGGCGGAGCAGCUGGUCCGCACGGCCGAGAACGGUAGAUGUUGCAUGAGCGAGAUGAAGCAGGCCGUGGGAAGAUUGAAGGCUUCAUCCCAGGCUGAGGGCCUGUCGGACCUUGAGCAGUGGGUGGCGCGCAUGGACGAGGAGGUGCUGCGGCCGCUCCAAGCCUUCGCUGAGACCCACAGCGGCGCCGGGGAGCUGCUGGCCACGGAGCGGCUGCCGCCCACCAUGGUCUCCUCUUUGGCCGACAACAAGCUCGUGUCUGACGACUUUCUGGCGGAGGUGAGCCGACAGAAGUCCUUGACGAGCCGAGUGUUGCGGCGCACUGUGUCUCUCAUGAGCAGAACCUCCACGUUUGAGACGGUUGACGGAGGUCCAUCUGCGUCGGCAGGUGAGGAAAAGUCCGCGUGGAAUGUGUCCAUGGAGAUGGACAGCGAGAAGGAUGCCCAAGGAGUAAUCUUAGUCCCGGCCAUGGAGCUCUGGGGGGACUCACCUAGCGCGGCUUCCAAUAGUUGGCUGUGUUCAUGCACAUCU